AUGGGUGAUGCUAAUGAAGUGGCUACAAUGGUUAACCAACUUUGCAAAAAUAUAACAGUAACUGGUCAACCGAAUUCAAAAUAUAUGUCUGUAUGUAAAAGGUUAAAUGGUUUCUAUGAAAACCCUCUCAAUAAGUAUAAAGCUAUAUUUGUGCAUGAGUACUUCAAUACACCGUGGAAAAUAGCAUCUACUGUAACUGCUGUGUUGCUGCUUUUGUUUACUCUUAUCCAAACUAGUCAUACAACAGAGUCAUACCUGAAGAAUCUAUUAGCAUUUGAAGAAUGUCACGUUCCAGAUCUACAUUUACGUUACAUUGCUCAGUACAUUAGUAUGUUAGAUUUUCUUAUUAAGACAGAAAAAGAUGUGAGCAUCUUGGUUGAUAAGAAAAUUAUUACCAAUUGGAUGCGUGAUGCUAAUGCAGUGACUACAAUGGUUAACAAUCUUUGCAAAAAUGUUUCAAUGCCUAAAUGCGAUGGAAAAUAUAUGUAUGUAUGUCCUAGGUUAAAUAAUUUCUAUAAAAAGUCUAUCAAUAAGUAUAAAGUUUCAUUUUUACAGGAGUACUUCGACACUCCUUGGAAAACAAUAUCUAGUGUAUCUGCUUUAUUGCUGCUUUUGUUAAUUCUCAUCCAAACUGUAUGUUCAUAUGUUCAAUUAUCUCAGUCUAAUGUACUGCUGUAA